GUUGCCAAAUAAAAAUGGCAUGCUUCCGCCACAAUUUUUAUCCAACCAAAUAUCUUUUGUUAUCUUCGCGAAGUAUCUACACAAACGUACUGAACAAAUCUGAAGUGAUUAUUUCACAAUUAAAAAUUAUUAUUCCUGGGUAAAUAAUUCAUUAAAGUGCACUGAGUGCGCCACAUUUUGAAAAUCAAUCAACUAUAGUGAGCUGCCGAGUACAGGUUCCAGCGAUCAAUUUGAAGACACGUCGGCCCGAUUCGGGAAAAAAUGAGAUCGAUUAUCUAGUCAAAGCAUAAUUAAAACGCUUUAUUAAUAUGAUUCAUGCAUAGCAUGCACAUCCCCAGAGUAGUUGCUUUCAUCCUAUACCUGAUCGAUGAUUUCCCACGUCAUCAGUGUGAUGAAAGUAAGAUCAACCUGCACUACGAAAACUCAGGGAUGGCUAUUUAUCUGGAAGCAACUGCCUGGACCAUGAAUCAAUUGGACCGAAACUUCUCCGAAAACAAAAACAACUCCACGAGUCACGCUGCUAUGUCUUUUCCCCACGGUGUAGAGUGUCCUCUACUGUGCCAAGUUUGCACACAGUUCACAGUUUUAAAAAUCAGGGAAAAAAUUGUCGUUGCAAAGUACUUCAUAACCGUUGGAAUCAGCACCUUAAGCUUGUCGUCGUUGAAUAGCAGCAGCAACUCGGACGAAACAAAAAGGAAACUCUGGUCUAGUGAAGCUUUGGUUAGCAAUGUAUACGAAUUGCAUGAACUGGAACUGAGAAGAAACUUGGUGAUCCGCAGCAAAGAACGUCAACUGUGAAAGACGAAAAAGUCGACGACAAUUUUGAAAAUCUAUUAGCACCAACCAAGUGAACAUCAAAACGUUCUUACGAUUAGCAUGAACGGUGUUUCUGUAGCCGUUGAACAAAGAAAGUAAUGCGGUCUAAAGUGCACAUAUUUGUAACAACAUAUCGAUUUCAGCAUUUCGUGCAGAUUGUACAUUCGUGUGAAGAAGUUUAGCUAGUUGAACGGCUCCUUCUAAUUAUUCUGAAAUUGUAGUUCGUAUUAGUCAGCAGCUGUUUGAAACUAAUACUUACCGUUGACCUUUAUUCA